GUGAUGGCCGAUGUAGUGAUAAUAUCUGAUAGUGACAGUGAUGAGGAGCUCGUCCCGGUGAAGCCACCACCCAAACAUCAUCGCAUUAUUGACCCUUCAGCCAUUGCCUCAGUACCAAUCUACUCCAGCAAGAUAAUAAAUGAUAGUGACAAUGAUGAGGAGAUCAUCCCGAGGAAGCCACCGCUCAAACGUCGUCGCAUUAUUGACCCUUCAUCCAUUGCCUCAGUACCAAUCUACUCCAACAAGGUAAAUACCUGUCUACAGCUGAAGGCAACCGCCCCUGUGGUAGCUGGAAAUGACACUGCUGACAGUGCAGAGGUCCGUUCUCAGUACAAGCUCUUGUCUCCAAAGAAGAAAUCAGCUUGCCAGCUCUUAAUCUUAACCGACUCUGAAGAGGAAGUGGAAUAUGUGGCCGAAGAGAGGAACAAAGAAUUGGAAAAAGUGCACUCACCCUCUCCACCUCCACCCCCAGGGAGUCCUCCUGCUAAAGUGUCCAAGCAUGUGAGCCAAAAGAUUCGUGAGAUCAACAAAAAGCUAGGUGCUGUUUGCGCCCUCCUCUCUCAGUCAGCAGAGAGUGGUGGGGUAAGGCACUCCAGACGAAACCAGAGUCUCCCUGUGUUGGAUGAGCAUGAUGAUGACAUCAUUAUCAGUCCUAACACCAGCCCCAAGGGCCCACCUACAGAGAGCGAGAGAAACUCUAUGCCAGACCGCGAGAUCCCCCUCAAGUUCCGCUGCCGAACAGAUCUCCACAAGAUCCCACUGUUCUCGUCAGCACCAUUAAGUGAGGCGGUCAAUGAACUGUCCAGAAAGCUCAACGUCCAGCCUUUUCGUAUUCUGUUGCUGAGGAAUGAAAUGGAGCUUCCCACUCAUUUAACAGCCAAUGAACUUGGCCUCAGCAUUGCUGACAUUAUAGAUUGUGUUAUUUUAGCUGAAAAUGAUACACAGGGGUCUGACAGCACCCUCAUCACUGUGAAACUGCAGGGCAAAGAAAAAGACUCCAAACAGGAAUACUCCCUACACAGAGAGGCACCUCUGGGCUCUAUCCUCUCCCAGUAUCUUUCCGGUUUGUCCAGAACCACCAGGCACAAGGUGCAGUUUCACUUUGAUGGGUCCAAGAUUAAUCACAACCAGACCCCAUCCCAGCUUGACAUGGAGGAUGGUGAUAUCAUUGAAGUUUGGAUGUGAGCUUUUCUCACAUGACAGAAAGUACGAGGUUAAAAGUUGUACUUUCUCAAAGCUCCAACACCAAGUGCCACCCAGUUAUCAAAUGUUGAUAAGUUCAAGUGAUCAAAAGUGCUGCUCCAUAUGUGCUGCUCUGUCUAGUUUGUUGACUGAAGGACUCUUGAGCAUUGUGCUCUCGUUCAAAAUUGUUUCAUGUAUUAUCAUUUGUAUUCAUUAGCUUUGUGCUCUCGUUCAAAAUGGUUUCAUUUGUUAUCAGUUGUGUUCAUUAGCUUUGCACUCUCGUUGAAAAUUGUUUCAUUAGUUAUCAGUUGUGUGCAUUAGUGGUGUGUACAACAGUGAAACACCACUUGUUUUAAAAAAGUACAAUAUAAAUAAAGUUAUUAUUAUUAUCA